GGUGUUGUGCCUGGCACCAGGCCUUAUGGCUUCAUGGCCGAAUCCUCUCUCUGCCGGCAGCAGGGGUUAUGUGAGGGUCCUGGAAACACAGAAGUGAACUAGACAGAGGAGCCUCGCCUUGGUGGACUCUGUGGCUGAUGACAUUCCACAAGAGCUUGGAGGCUGAGCCCAGAGCCACAUCCUCUCCGAGACUCCUGGAGGAGGAGGAGACUCCAGGACCCCUGUCCCAGCAACUGAGGGCCACCAGUUCAAGCAGUGAGGAGGAACAUCUCAGCUCCCAUGUCCUCUUCCAUGGGGCCCUGGUGGCCGCGGAGUACCUGCCUUUCUUCCGCACCUACGGGCGGCUCCUGGCUGAGGAAGAAUUGGCCCUGCAGCCUGAGAUUUGCAGGGACCAUGAAGGAGGCCAGAGCCACAGAGGGGUGCCAUGCCCGGAGGACUCUGCCCUGCCCACUGGGUUCUUCCCCUACUACCGCUCCAAGGAGGAGAGUUUUCCCAGCCUGGCCCUUCCUAGCCAGCCGUGCAUGGCCUCCCAAGCCCACCCCACCAGGUGGGUGACAGCACCUGGCUGUUUCUGCAGGAUGACAGUCAAGGACAGGUGCCCUGCUGCCUCAGCAGGCAUGGACGGCGCUUCUGGGCCCUCACACUCGCCGGCCUGCUGUUCCCUCCCACUGCUCUCAGCAGGGUGCUCUCAUGACCGGGACCUGGACACCCUCUCCAGAGGCCAUGCCUCAGAAUUUGUGCCUUUCUACAGAGCCCUUGAGGAGGGGCUGUGCACCAGCCCUGGGCCUCCCACCUCUGCAUUGGAGACUCAGGGGCCCACAGGGGGUAUGCACAGGCCUGGUGCAGGGGGGCAGGAGCGGCAGGCGCAGGAGCGACCGACGUGA